CUGAAGCUGAUAAGCUGUAGAACCUGUUCACGCCCAGUUAGUUGUUGGUAAGACUCUGUGAACGACGCAUAGAACAGUGGAAAAAAAAACUCAACACAAUGGAGGUCAACAGUGGCGAGUGCAGUGAACUGAGGCAAGAGCGCGAGGCGGCGACAAUUGCCACCGAAGACUUUGCUGUGUGGUGGGCAGGUGGGCGUGACCAGCUGGAGAAGCGCCGUGAGCUGGAGCAAUACUUCUUCAGCGAUCCGGAAUUCGACGAUGUUGCCCUCUUUAGCUGCCUGUCUUACAAAGAGCGCUACGAGCAUGUCCUGGCUAGGGGCGCCAGAUUUAUAGCCAAGAUGCGGCAAUGGCAGGCAAAGGAGCAGUCCCAGUCCCAGCAGCAGGACAAGGAUAAGGACCGCGUGGACAUCGAACAGAUAUACGAUUUCCGUCGACUGAUGACUGGUCCUCUGGCCGCGGGUCUGUUCCCGCAGAGUUUCCCGCUGCGCCUGCACUUUGCCAUGUUUCUGCCCACGCUGCUGAACCAGGGCGACGAGGAGCAGCAACGCCGCUGGCUGGCACGCGCCUGGAACAUGGAUGGCAUUGUGGGCACCUAUGCCCAGACGGAGCUCGGCCAUGGCAGCUACAUACGCGGCCUGGAGACGCGCGCCGACUAUGAUGUGGAAACAGAGGAGUUUGUUCUCAAUACGCCCACGAUAAGCGCCUACAAAUGGUGGCCCGGCGGCUUGGGCCACACGGCCAACAUGGUCGUGGUGCUGGCCCAGCUCUACAUCAGAGGCAAGCAUUACGGCCUGCAGUCGUUCCUGGUGCGCAUACGGGACGAGCAGACGCACGAGCCACUUCCGGGCAUCGAUGUGGGCGACAUCGGCCCCAAAAUAGGCGCCAAUGGUGUGAACAAUGGCUUCCUGGGCUUCCACAACGUGCGCAUACCACGCAACCAGAUGCUCAUGAAGAACGCCCAAGUGCUGCCCGAUGGCCAAUUCAAGCAGGCUGGCCAGCCGCUCCUCCUGUACGGCACCAUGGUCUAUGUGCGCGUCGUCAUUGUACGGGACGUAACGUACCAGCUGCUCCAAGCGGCGACCAUUGCCACGCGCUACUCCGCCGUGCGUCGCCAGAGUCCCAUUGAGCCGAACGCAAAGGAGCCCCAGAUCCUGGACCACUUGACGCAGCAGGCGAAGAUCUUGCCGCAUAUAGCGCGCGGCAUCUGCUAUCGCUUGGCGGCGGACGUGCUCUGGGAAUUCUAUCAGCGCGUCAUGCAGCAGGUGGAGACUAAGGACGGUGCUGGCCCGCUGGCCGAGCUGCACGCGCUCAGUUGCUGCCUCAAGGCCGUCUGCACCCAGGACGCUCUCGACGGCGUCGAUGUGCUGCGCAAAUCCUGCGGCGGGCACGGCUACAUGUCAUCCGCCAACUUUGACAGCAUCCAUGGCUUGGCUGCCGCCGCCUUCACCUACGAGGGCGAGCACACGGUGCUGCUGCUGCAGACGGCCCGCUUUCUGAUGCGCCAGUUCACGGCCGCGAUUAAGCGCAAGGUGCUGCCCGCCAGCGUCAGCUAUCUGCGCAAUGCGUCGCCUCUCAGCUGGGGCGGCAAUAUGCUCGAGAAUGCAGCCCGUGCGCUGGAGAUCAGCGCCAGUGGGCAGCUGCGCGACGCCUGGCAAUGGCAGCAGGAACAGCGCCAGGCUCACGGCCGUACUGAGCAGCAAGCCAACAAUUUCGCCGGACGACGACUCGCGGCCGCGGCUACACUGCAUGGCCACGCCUACUUGGCACGCAACUCCCUCGAGCAGCUGGCCCAGCUGAAGAGGAGCACGAAUCAGGGACUGUUUGUGCUGCUGCAGCAGCUGGUGGAACUGUUUGUGCUGGACACAUUCCAGCGCCAGCUGGGCGCCAUACUCAAGUGGAACAGCGUUAGUGCACAGCAGCUGCAGCAGCUAGAGCAGCGCUACGAAGAGCUGCUGGGCGCAUUGCGUCCCAAUGCCGUGGCUCUAGUCGAUGGCUUUGACUUCCAUGAUCGCGUGCUCAACUCAACGCUGGGCUGCUGGGAUGGGCGCGUGUACGAGCGUCUGUUCGAGGAGGCGCGUCGCAAUCCACUUAACCAGGAGGCUGUCAACCACAGCUAUCACACGCAUCUGAAGGCCCUGCUGCAGCCGAGCAAGCUAUGAGGCUUUGUGACUGGUCUCUUUAUUGUGGAUGAGCGGAAAACAACACAGAAAGCAUUUCGGUUUAAGCUAAUAAAUUAAUUAUGGAAUAUGAUAUAUAUAGAAAAAUA